AUCAAGAAGUGGAUAGAACAUCAGAACCAAUUCCCACUAUUUUCAUCUAAAGACUGGUCACAGUUGCAACAACUUGAGCUGAUUCUCUCCAAGUUUGAAGAGUUCACCCAGCUCGUUUCCCGGCGACAAUCCCAAAUCAGUCUAGCAAUUCCAAUUUACUAUGAAUUGCAUGACACGCUCGAAGAUGCAGCUUCUGCACAAACCGCUGCUGUAUCUGUGGGCAUGAAGAAGUACAAGAAAUAUUAUGAGCUCAUGGACUCGCAAGAUGCAUAUUACAUAGCGCUCAUUCUUGAUCCGCGUUUCGAACACUGUUGCUGCAAGUACAGCGCCAAAGAUUAUCUGGACAGUCAAGGAGACCUUACACGCGCAAUACCUGUCGAAGUACUCGCCAGAUUUGCCAGCCACAAAAAUGGAUCAGUGUACCAAGCGACAUAA